AUUUUUAAAUAUUGACACACUUGGUCUAUAUAUUCAAGGACCUCUAUGUUCUACUAGGUGACCUUAACACUGCUAUACAAAUAAGGAUGUGGAACUCAAAGGAAUCAAGUAAACAAACAAACACGACUUCUGUUGCGUCGUGCCCUAUUUGUACUGCGAGUCACUUGCCUAUAAAUCAAGAUCUCAAAGAAGGUAAUAAUUACCUAUGCACUUGCCAAAACUGUGGACAUCACUUUAAAUUUCGUGCGGUUGGAAACAUGAAGAGUUCAAUUACUUUUUCAGUUAAUGGAAAAUCGUACACAGUUGGUAAUGAAUAUGAUCCUGCCACUUCUUUGCUUGAGUUUCUUAGAAAAACUGGCAUCUCUGUUGGCACAAAGGGGUGCUGUUUUGAAGGAGGAUGUGGUGUCUGUCUUGUUACUGUCAAAAUUAUUGAUCCUGUGACUGGCAAUGACAGGACCUUUAGCAUCAACUCAUGUUGCCUGCAAUUAUAUACCUGUGAUGGUCUUGAGGUGACCACAGUGGAAGGUCUGGGCAAUACAUCUGUAGGCCUCCAUCCAAUUCAAGAUCGUAUAGCUAAAUACAAUGGGGUACAGUGUGGCUAUUGCACUCCUGGACAGGUCAUGAAUAUGUAUGGACUUUUGCAGAACAACCCCAGGCCUACAAAGAAGGAAAUUGAAGAUGCAUUUGAUUCAACUAUCUGCAGGUGUACAGGCUACCGCCCAAUAUUAGAUGCUAUGAAGUCCUUUGCAGUUGACUCAGAUAUAAAAGAUGUGAUUGAUAUUGAGGAACUUGAAGGAAAAGUUUGUAAAAAAACAGGCCAGGCCUGUAAGGGCAGCUGCAAGAGCGAGAAACAUGUAGGCUGUGGACAGAAGGCAGUCCAGGCUGAAAGACCUGUCCACAUUGUUGGGGAUCGCUCUCAAUGGUUUAAACCUCUCACUUUGACUGAGUUGUUGACGCAGAUAAAGCAAUACUCAAACUCUAAUUAUAGGCUUGUCUUUGGAAAUACUGGAUUUGGUGUUUAUGGAGAAGUUGGGCCAUGGAAUUACAGCAUUCUAAUAGAUUUAAGGGGAGUUAAGGAGUUGUACUCAUUUGAUGUAAGUCCAACAGACCACAUUACACUGGGAUCAAACUGGACACUGACUAAUGUGAAAGAGUUCCUGGCUAAAAAUACUGAUCCAAGUCUUCCUUAUGCUCAAACAUUUGUGGAUCAUUUAAACCUAACUGCUUCAAACAGUAUACGUAACCUUGGAACCUGGGCUGGUAACCUGGCUUUAAAACAUCUCCACCCUGAGUUUCCUUCAGAUGUUUUUACUAUGUUUGAAACUGUGGGAGCCAAACUGAAUAUUGCUGACGGGGAUGGAACUACACAAAUUUAUUCCUUGCAAGGUUUCAUGGAUUUAGAUUUGCAAGGGAAAGUCAUUGUUUCUGUGGUACUUCCAAAGUUCACAUCACCAGCCAAUGUUGCUAUCAGAACAUUGAAGACUUCACACCGACUUCAGCAAAGUGCAGCUUAUGUAACUUGCGGUUUUAAUUUCGUCUGUGAUGAAACAAACAAUUACUUGGUGAAAACUCAACCCUCCAUCGUGAUUCAAGGUGUUAAUAGAAGUUUGAUUCAUGCUGUGCAAACUGAAGCAUUUUUGACCAAUAAACAGUUGGGAGAUCCUUCUGUUUUAAAAGAUGCCAUAAACACUUUAUCUGGUGAACUUGUUCCUGAUUCAAGUCCACUGACUGCAAGUGCUACAUAUCGUAAAAGUCUUGCCAUUGGACACUUCUACAAGUUUGUGCUUGGACUGUGUAAGAGUAAAUGCAAUGUGAAAUAUGUCAGUGGAGGACCAAACCUGGACAGGCCGUUGAUGACCUCAAGCCAACAGUUUGGAACUGAUGAUCCCAGUGUUUACCCAGCAACAAAGCCUCUCAUUAAGUUUAUUGCUGGCAAUCUAACAUCUGGAGAAGCCAAGUUUGUCAGUGACACCCCAAUACUUAACAAUCAACUAUAUGCUGCCCCAGUAUUGAGCACGCAAGGGAAUGCCAAAAUUCAAAGCAUUGAUCCAUCAGUUGCUUUGCAAAUCCCUGGUGUAGUAAGAUUUAUUCAAGCCUCAGACAUCCCUGGAGAGAACAACUGGAGACCAAAACAGUUGAAUGAACCUGGUGCUGUACAGGAGCUGUUAAGUUCAAGCCAGAUUCUUUAUGCUGGGCAGCCAAUUGGAAUACUAGUAGCUGAGGAUGAAGUUACAGCUCGAAGUGCAUUGUAUGGUGUGCAAGUUUCUUACACUGAUAUCCAGCCUGCUAUUACAAGCUUGGAAGAAGCUAUCCAAAAAAAAUCAUUCUUUAAAAAGCUUGAUACCAUCACUAAAGGAGAUGCAGCCAGUGCAAUGGCUGCUGCCCCUCACAGAGUUAGUGGAACUGUUCACAGCACUGACCAGUAUAAUUUUCAUCUUGAAAACCAAGCAGCUUUCUGUAUCCCGUCAGACACUGGAGGGAUGGAGGUCAUCACCACCACACAAUGGCAGGAUGGUACCAGUGAAACAGUUUCGCAGGUUCUUGGAGUCUCUGAAUCAAGUGUGACUAUUGAGACUCCUAGACUUGGUGGAGCCUUUGGUGGCAAAGUUUUUUACAAUAUGCCUGUGGCUGGAAUGUGUGCAGUUGCUGCUCACCUGACCAGAAGUCCUGUACUGAUGAAUCUGGAUCUACACACCAACAUGAGAUUUCAAGGCAAAAGGACUUACUAUAUAUAUCAAUAUGAGAUUGGUUUUGAUGACAAUGGCAAAAUUUUAGCCAUCAUUGCCUCAGCAUACAGUGAUGCAGGGCCAGUUUUUAUCAAUGCUGAUGGGAAUGAGUACACACAACUUUGGAUUGAUAGUGCUUAUUUUUGCCCAAACUGGUCUUGGAGUGUUCAACCUUGUAAAACAAACAAACCAGUUGCAACAUCUGUCAGGGCUCCAGGCUCAGCCCCAGCAAUAUUUGCUAUGGAAAAUUUCAUUGACCAUGUUGCUACUUACUUAAAGAAGGAUCACCUAGAAGUCAGAAAAGUUAAUCUCUUUCAAGAAGGACAGACAACAUUGAAUGGUAUGGUAUUAAACAAUUGUCUGAUUGGCAGUCUGGUAGCCCAGCUGGAAAGUGACAUUAAUUAUGCUGCUAGACUUAAGGCUGUGAAUGACUUUAAUCAGGCCAACCGUUGGAAGAAGAGAGGUCUGCAUGUGAUGCCAAGUCGCUACAGCUUAGGCUGGAAAGGGAUGCCCCACAGUGCCCUAGUGGUCAUACACCAUGGAGAUGCUAGUGUUUCCAUUGGACAUAGUGGAAUAGACAUGGGUCAAGGCAUCAAUACAAAGGCAAUACAAGUUUGUGCUUAUAAAUUUGGAAUCCCUAUGGAGAAAAUUAAAAUAAAAAAGACUAAUUCUUUUGUGAGUGCUAACACAGCUUGGACUGCUGGAACUGUGUCUUCAGAAUUAAUUUGUGCGGCCAUCAUGGAAUGUUGUGAUACAUUGCUGGCUCGCAUGGCUCCAGUCAAGGCAAAGCUGGUCAAUCCAACAUGGGAGGAAAUUGUGACACAGUGCUUUAAAGACACUGUAGACCUGACUGCUUCUUAUUUGAACACUACUAAUGAUAAGUCCAAAGCCUACGACUACAACUGCUGGUGUGCCAGCUGCUCAGAGGUGGAGCUAGAUGUUCUGACUGGUCAAUAUCAAAUCACUCAAGUUGACUUUCUAUAUGACUGUGGCAUUAGCUUGAACCCAGAACUUGAUCUUGGUCAGCUGGAAGGUGGUUUCCUCCUUGGCUGUGGUCUAUUCCUUCUGGAGGGUAUGACAUUUGAUUCAUUGACUGGACGAGCAUUAACUGAUGGAACUUGGACUUACAAGCCUCCAUUACCCAAAGACUUGCCAAUCAAAUUUAAUGUCAAGUUUAUGCGGAAUGCACCAAAUCCAAUGGGCAUUUUGAGAUCAAAAGCUGUUGGUGAGGUUCCAGUUGCACAAGGAACAUGCCCAAUGUUGGCAUUGAAACGUGCCGUGGAAGCAGCUCGACUAGAAGUGGGUAGUGAAGGAUGGUUCCAGUUCAAUGCUCCUGCAACUGUUGAAAAUAUCCAACAAGCUUGUCUGAAUGAUAUUACUAAGUACUCUUUAGGAAAUUAGUUAAGAGAGAACUGGUUUAAACCAAAAUUACUUUUUUUGAAACAGUAGACUUGUCCAUCCCCUACCUACUGUUUAUCUGCAUUUGUGUUUUUUUCUUUAUUGUAAGGAAUGUUUUUAACAUUUAUGUAUAUUAUGUUAUAGAAUAUUGUUUAAAUAUGCAGUGUUAAAGUAUUAUAUUUAUAUUACUUAGAAUUAAGAAUAUUUAUUGCAAGAUUUUUUUCCUUUUUUCUAUUGCUUUGAAGAAUGAAGACUUAAACAACAAUUAUUCUUUUUACGUGCCAUUUUUCUUUUCAUUUAUUAAAUUUAACUCUUGGGGAUAGACUUAACCUUCAAGUGGGACAGAGAAAUAUUUUGUUUGCAAGUAAUAGUAAUUGAAGCCUCCCCCAUUUCUGACAAUAAGUUUGACUUUGUCUAACCAAUGUUGAAAUUUGCCAUAAAAAAUGUUUUUUUUUUUGCUGUAGAUUUAUUAAUUGAGGCAUUUAUUGCCCUCUCAUUGAUAUAAUCUACCAUGUUGUUCAGGUGAUGUUCUAAAUAUUAUACAUCCAUUUUUUGAGAAACUCAGUAUUGAGUAUCAAUGAAAUAUUCAUUGUUUAUAUGUUCGGUUGAUAUAUUAAUGGCAUUAUCUUCGAUUCUGAAGAUUGAGGUGAUAUUUGUUCCCGUGAAAUUAAAUGAAACAAAACUUUUAUAUAGUUUAGUUUUGAUAAUAAAUGAACAUUUACAAUGAUACAAUUGUAUAUUUCAUGUACUUAUUGGCUAGUCCUUCUGAAUCUUAUAUCAUACUAUUGUCCUUUUAUUUUUCUAAGCUAUCAAUAAGAACAAAAAAAAAUCUAAUGCUUUUGCAUCAAUAAAAAUCAUAGAUUUUGUUUAUUGUUUUAUAUAAUGAAAGCAAGAUAGGAACCAAAUUAAUGUCAUGGUUAUUUCUUAUCAAAGUAUAACCUUCAGCUGGAUACAUGUCAUGGCUUAUCAUCAAAUUUUGUGUAUUGUCAAGUACUUUUGCUGCCACUUAUCAUGCCUCUUUGAUAAUUCAAAGAUUUAGCAAUAUAUACACAAAAUCCCAUAAUGCAGAGAUGGUUUAAAAAAAAAAAAAAAAAAAAAGACAA